AUGUCUCUACUACCCCUCAAUGCUUCAUUAGUACCGUUCCUAAAACCUUACCUCCCAGUCCCAAAAGAUGAUCGGCCUUUUGUCACAUUGACAUGGGCACAGUCACUCGACUCUCGAAUUGCGAGCCGGCCCGGCGUCCAAACCAAAAUUUCGCAUCUUGAAACGAAAACCAUGACGCACUAUCUUCGAGCAUGCCAUGACGCCAUCUUGGUCGGCGUGGGCACAGUGUUGGCAGAUGACCCAAAACUCAAUUGCCGAUAUGGGAAUUCAUACAAGAUUCGCCCCGUUGUUGUUGAUCCAUCCGGAAAAUGGGACUAUACAAGUUCCACUCUUUGCAAGCUCCGAGCUGAGGGCCAAGGAUUGGCCCCGUUGAUUUUGGUAAGCAAUGACGUGAACAUAUCCACGGAAACUGAAAACAUCCUAAAUUCUCAAGAUGGUGCGUUCUGUAGACUUCCCUUCGAUCGCAUGAACAGAGCUAAUAAUUGGGAGCUCGUGCUCAAUGCUUUGCACAACAUGGGUAUAAAGUCAGUCAUGGUGGAAGGUGGAGCCGUUGUAAUCAACGAUUUGAUACAAAGCUCAAUGGUGGACUCAGUUGUGAUCACAGUGGGGCCGGUUUUUUUGGGCAGAAAUGGUGUGGAAGUCAGUCCCGCCAUAGAAAGAAGGCUUGUGGAUGUGGACUGGUGGAAGGGUCAGAGAGAUAGUGUUGUGGCAGGGCGGUUAUUGCCACAUUCUGCCUAA